AACGUCGAGUCGGCUGCGGUGGCUGUUCUGAGGGUGGCGGCCGGAUAGGUGCGGAACUUCCUGGACGAGGCAGUAGGGGUGCGAGGUUUAGGGGCCGGGCCCGGGCAGCCGAAGUCGUUAGGGAGGCGGUGACCUGACGGUGGGCGGCUUACAUCUCGCGGCAGGGUCGAGGGCUGUGAAAGCGCUUUAGUGAUUGAAGCGCUACGUUUGUGUGAGGGAAUUAUUGUUGUCAGCGCCUGAGAACUUAGUUGGGAGCGGACGUUUACACGUUUACACUGAAUCUCUCGUUUGGGACCCAUUCUUGGAUGUGGGAAGAAGUGAGAGCGCAUGUUUGCUCAUCUAGAGACAGCCGUAUUAAUAACGAUAAUAAGGAUACAAACCACCACCACACCAACUAAUGGCAGCUGUCAACCUGUGGGCGGUUACGUGCCGUUCGCUGUUCUAAGCCCCUCACAUAUCGCGUCACUGAAUCUUUAUAGGGACCCAGAACCCCAUUUGACGGAUGAGGAAACGGAGAGGCAGACAGAUAAAGAUGAUAUUGAGACUCCACUGCUAACUGAAGCAGCCCCCAUCCUUGAAGAUGGAAACUGUGAGCCAGCCAAGAAUUCUGAGUUUGUUGACCAAGGUGCCAAGCCAGAGAGUAAAUCAGAACCUGUAGUUUCCACUCGGAAAAGACCAGAGACCAAACCUUCCAGUGACCUUGAGACUUCAAAAGUUCUCCCUAUUCAGGAUAAUGUUUCCAAAGAUGUACCCCAGACCAGGUGGGGUUAUUGGGGGAGCUGGGGCAAGUCUAUACUCUCUUCAGCCUCGGCUACGGUAGCCACAGUAGGACAAGGUAUUUCAAAUGUCAUCGAGAAGGCAGAGACUUCCCUUGGAAUCCCUAGUCCCAGUGAAAUUUCAACUGAAGUCAAGUAUGUAGCAGGAGAGACAAAUGCCAAAGAGAAUGAAAACUUCUCCCCAGUGACUGGGGCAUUUGGUGUAUUCUCAACUAUCUCUACUGCUGUUCAGAGCACAGGAAAGAGUGUUAUCAGUGGGGGUUUGGAUGCCUUAGAAUUCAUUGGAAAAAAGACAAUGGAUGUGAUAGCUGAAGGGGAUCCUGGAUUUAAAAGAACCAAGGGUCUGAUGAACCGAAAUGCUACACUAUCUCAGGUUUUACGAGAGGCGAAGGAGAAAGAAGAGAUAUGGAACUCCAAUGAGGUUACUAUGGAAACAGAAAAGAAAACUCAUUAUGGGUUACUCUUUGAUGAAUUUCAAGGCCUUUCACAUCUAGAAGCUCUGGAGAUGCUUUCCCGAGAAAGUGAAAUAAAGGUGAAAUCUAUCCUUAAUUCUCUGAGUGGAGAAGAAUUAGAAACUCUAAAAGUUGAAUUAGAGCAACUCAAAGAAGCAUUUUCUCUAGCAGAAUUUUGUGAAGAAGAGGAAGAAGAGAAAAAAGGGGAUGAAGAUUUUACCAAGGACAUAACAGAGCUGUUUUCCCAGCUGCACGUUUCCUCCAAACCAGAGAAACUUGCCAGGGCAAGAAAUACCGCCCACGAAUGGAUCAGGAAGUCUCUGACCAAGCCAUUAGCAGAGAAUGAAGAAGGAGAAAAACAGUUGGAAGCAGAAAAUACUGAGCAAGUCAACAAAAAUUCAAUAGAGGAUAUCCAUGCGUUUGCAAUCCGGAGUCUAGCUGAACUGACUGCUUGCUCAAUUGAACUAUUCCACAAAACAGCUGCAUUGGUUCUGCAUGGCAGGAAGCAGGAAGUGACAGCCGUAGAAAGGAGCCAAACUCUUUCCCAGAUGACAAUUGUGUUGUGUAAAGAGUUGUCCUCUUUGUCUAAAGAGUUCACCACCUGCCUAACAACUGCUGGGGUCAAAGAAAUGGCAGAUGUCCUUAACCCAUUAAUCACUGCAGUAUUUCUAGAGGCAUCAAACAGUGCCUCCUACAUCCAGGACGCCUUUCAGCUACUCUUACCUGUGCUAGAGAUCUCUCUCAUUGAGAACAAGAUUGAAUCACACAGGCAUGAGCUGCAGGGCCAGAAGCCUUUGCUAGAACAUUGAAGAACGGAGAUGUUUUGACCUGGGACUUGUGAUGGCCAAGGAAUGCCACCUUAUCUGGCUACUCGUGCAGAAAUGAAGGAGUGGGGUUAUUUUAGUAUAUAAAAAUUCAGGUAGGAGAGAUGGUUUAAAGAGAAAGAUUGUUGCCUUCAGUGUUUGAUUGAAGUAUUCAGGUCCUCACAGUAUUCUUUCCAGUUGUUGUAAUUCAUAAAUUAUUUGAAAAGAAACUUCUGUAGAAAGUCCAAGAAUAAUAACUCUAGAUAAAGGUUAGUGGGAUACUCAGGCAAAAAUGUUGGUCUUUCUUUGACAUGUUGCAAAAUGUUAUCAAUUUUGUUGUGGGUAUAAUUUGCAGCCCAUGGAUAUAACUGGUUGAUAAGCCAGAGAAAAAUAAUUUAGUGUUCUAAAAUUCAUGGCAUGUGUGGUUUAUUGAUGCCGUGUACUUUCUCCUUUCUGGAAUAAAAUCUAUGGCUUUAAGAAAACUGAGCAUAUGUAAACUCUGUGAUGAUUACCCUUUAUCACAUGAAUUCUUGGAAAUAGAAAGUUUCAUCUGCAUUUUUAAAUUCUUAAUAGAUAUUUGGCAUUGAGGAGAAACUUGUAGACUAUUACAGCCACAUGAAUUAACUAUAGCAAAGUGCCCUUUUUCUUCAAAUUGCUCCCCCGUCCCCAGGAUGACACAUUUCAUGUCAUAGCUGAACCCUACUCUACUGGAUUCAAGGCCAGUAAAUGCCGUUUAGAGAAGCAGUUUUAUGUUUGCAGAUAUUCUGAGUCUCUUCAAGAUGUGUUUCAUGUCUACCCUAUAUGCAGGAUAAAUUCUUUACAGCAAACUCCAAAGGAAUGUUGAAGCUGUUUUAGCAAUGAGGUUUUUUUUGUUUGAGUGUUGAAGUGGGCCAUAGUCCUUCAGAAAUUAUGUUCAUUUAUGACAGGAUUUAACUUCUAAGGCACAAUUUAUUUUUUCCUCGUUCUUUGUUUGUUUUAAUGUAUUCUUUAGCAUGUUUUUGAAUAUAACUUUUAUCCUCCAGAUCUUAAGCCUUCUUUUGCUGUCUUCAACAACUUAAGAGACUAUUAAGCUGUCAUCUUCCUAAAAGCUAUUUUGGUAUCCACUCUUUUUAAAAAAAUUCUCCAACUUUGUGGUUUUUAAUGAUUAAGGUAAUUUGUUAGCUCUGCCCCUCAUCUUCUAAAAGCUUUGUAAUAAAAUGUAUUAAUCAUGUUA